UGAUAGUUACUGAAAAUUAGAAAUAAAACAUAUUGUACUGUAAGCCGUAGCUUAUUUGGUGGGCUUUUGGAUCGGUUAGAGACAGGAGGCUAUUGUCAGCAUGUCACAAGAAAAGGAACUAGAUUUGAUCGACAGGGAUCCAAAUAGUCUAAAUGCACACGUCAAGGUGGCAUUUGAGGACGUUUUGGCCGAGCCCGAUGGUGCCCACAGUAUCGACUGUGUCUGGAAAGCCAGUUUCUUCUGCUUCAACUGCGGAAAGAACUGCUGCUACAAAUUGAUGACCACACUUUGUGGGAUUUUCAUUGCCCUAUACUGGGGCUGUGAGUUUGCCUUCAUCACCUUUGAUCAAGUCUGGUGUAUCACACCUUCUCUAAGAAUCUUCAGCAUCUACAUGGGAUGUGCUCAAAAGUUCUUUGGCACGAUCGUCACGUGCUGUAUGGCGCCAAUCUGUGAGACAUGUGGUCUCAUGUUUAGCAGAAUAACUGUUUCAAAUAAAUAAUUGUUAACCUCUUAUUUUGGAUUAAAAUGUGACAUUCCUCUCAAGUCUGUGAUUAAUGUGUAUCGAAAAAACAGUUUUUAUCAAAAUUGUCUUCUUUAAUAAAUCUUUUUAUACAUACAUAUGA